GGUUGGAGAGAGGGAGAGUGAGAGGGACGGAGGUAAAGAAACAGAGGGAGAGAGCAGGUGUCGGAAAUCCUCCCCUUCAUCUGCUUGUCAUUUACUCCUUUAUGCUCUCUCGUCGUCUGCCGAGGUGAUUGGUUUUCUCUUACCGGCGUUCCUCUGCUUACGGGCUCACAGCAAUCCCGAGGAAAACGAGAGGUGGGCAGACAGCAAACCAGAAUAAGACAGCAAAAAAAGGAAAAGGUGGAGCCUUUUCUGAUUGACUCAUUUUCACCCGUUCCUUUUAUUUGUCGAGGUGGGCUCUUGUUAUUUUUGUGUGUUUGUGUUUUUAAAAGUCAGAGAUAGAAAGAAGAAAAACACACCUGCCCAAUCAAUCCCCCGUACAUCCUCUUUGUACACAAGAACCAAACUUCUUUUUCCACCAAUUGUUGAUUUCUUGCCUUUCCUAUCGGGAUUAUUUUCUCUUCUCAGUAUAAACACGGGAUUGCUCCAGAUUCCUCCUGAAUGUCCUCACACCCACUGACACAGUGUGAACUCCUCUGACUCCCCCCACGGCACCCCCCCACACCCUUCACCCCCUUGGCUGAAGCGCUAAAACUCUGUGGUCUCAGAUCUCAGUGCCUGUAUUGACUCACUACUACAGUGAUAAUAUGGCACGGCGCUUCUGAUACCGUCUGAUUCAUUCUGUGGCGGUACAGGCAGCCAGCAGACCAUUCUCCAUGAGGAGCAGUAGAAGAUGCCGGCUCUGCCAGCACUGCUGCUGUCAAUACACUUCCUCUCCUUCCUGCUAGUCACCAUGCCGCCACGCUCCCUCAGUCAGGCCCCUCUGCUCUCCUCUGUCCGCAUGGCUGCAAUCCUGGAUGACCAGUCUGUGUGUGGGCGUGGGGAGCGGCUGGCGCUGGCCCUGGCCAGGGAGAACAUCAACAGCGUGAUGGAGGGUCCAGCUCGAGCCCGCGUGGAGGUGGACAUAUACGAGCUGCAAAAAGACUCCCAGUACGACACUACAGACACCAUGUGUCAGAUUCUACCCAAAGGCGUUGUCUCUGUGAUAGGUCCCGCCUCCAGCCCCGCCUCUGGCUCUACUGUCAGUCACAUAUGUGGGGAGAAGGAGAUCCCUCAUGUAAAAAUUGGACCCGAGGAAACUCCUCGCCUGCCGUACCUGCGCUUUGCGUCUGUUACUCUGUACCCUAGCAACGAGGACCUGAGCCUGGCCAUUGGAGCCAUCUUGCGCUCAUUCAGCUACCCCUCAGCCAGCCUGGUCUGCGCCAAGGCUGAGUGCCUGCUGAGAUUGGAGGAACUGGUUCGCCGCUUUCUCAUCUCCCGGGAGACCCUGUCAGUCAGGAUGCUGGAUGACAACCUGGACCCUACGCCGCUGCUGAAGGAGAUCCGUGACGACAAAGUGGCCACGAUCAUCAUUGACGCCAACGCUUCCGUCUCCUAUCUCAUCCUCAAGAAGGCGUCAGAGCUUGGGAUGACAUCAGCAUUUUAUAAGUACAUCCUCACCACAAUGGACUUCCCCCUGCUGAGACUGGAUGACAUAGUCGAUGAGCAGUCCAACAUCGUCGGCUUCUCCAUGUUUAACACCACCCAUCCCUUCUAUUUGGAGUUCAUCAGGAGCCUCAAUCUGUCUUGGAGGGAGGGCUGUGACCUAACGUACCCCGGCCCUGCGCUUUCUUCAGCGCUGAUGUUUGACGCCGUGCACGUGGUGGUGGGGGCGGUGAGGGAACUGAACCGCAGUCAGGAAAUUGGAGUGAAGCCACUCAGCUGCACCUCACCUCAGAUCUGGCAACACGGGACCAGUCUUAUGAACUAUCUGCGCAUGGUGGAGUACGAUGGUUUGACAGGGCGAGUGGAGUUUAACAGCAAAGGUCAGAGGACCAACUACACCCUGCGGAUCCUGGAGAAACACAGAGGAGGCCACAAAGAGAUCGGUAUCUGGUACUCAAACAACACCCUGGCAAUGAACUCCACCAGUCUGGAUAUUAAUGUCUCAGAGACGCUGGCAAACAAGACCCUCAUUGUCACCACCAUACUGGAGAACCCAUAUGUGAUGCGUAAAGACAACUACCAAGACUUCCAGGGAAAUGACCAGUAUGAGGGCUUCUGUGUUGACAUGCUGAGGGAACUGGCAGACAUCUUGAAAUUCUCCUUCAAGAUCAAGCUGGUGGAUGACGGCCUGUAUGGGGCCCCAGAGCCCAACGGCUCUUGGACUGGCAUGGUUGGAGAGCUAAUCAACAGGAAAGCAGACCUGGCCGUGGCAGGUUUCACCAUCACAUCAGAAAGAGAGAAAGUUAUCGACUUUUCUAAGCCGUUCAUGACCCUGGGGAUCAGCAUCUUGUACAGAGUUCAACUGGGUCGGAAGCCCGGUUAUUUCUCCUUCCUCGAUCCCUUCUCUCCAGCCGUUUGGCUCUUCAUGUUACUCGCCUACCUGGCUGUCAGCUGUGUGCUGUUCCUGGCUGCAAGGUUAAGCCCCUACGAGUGGUACAACCCUCACCCAUGUCUUCGAGAGCGCAGAGACAUGCUGGAAAACCAGUACACUCUGGGAAACAGCUUGUGGUUCCCUGUUGGAGGCUUCAUGCAGCAGGGAUCAGAAAUAAUGCCCAGAGCCUUAUCCACCAGAUGUGUUAGUGGAGUGUGGUGGGCUUUCACUCUGAUCAUCAUUUCCUCCUACACGGCCAACUUGGCGGCCUUCCUGACCGUCCAGCGGAUGGAGGCUCCCAUUGAGUCUCCAGACGAUUUGGCCGACCAGACGAACAUCGAGUAUGGCACGAUCCACGGCGGGAGCACCAUGACCUUCUUUAUGAACUCAAGGUACCAGACCUACCAGCGGAUGUGGAACUACAUGAACUCCAAGCAGCCUAGCGUAUUUGUGAAAAGCACAGAGGAAGGCAUCGCCCGUGUGCUCAACUCCAAGUAUGCUUUCCUGAUGGAGAGCACUAUGAAUGAAUAUCACCGUGGCCUGAACUGUAAUCUCACACAGAUCGGAGGCCUGCUGGACACCAAGGGUUACGGCAUUGGCAUGCCACUAGGAUCUCCAUUCAGAGAUGAGAUCACACUGGCCAUCCUCCAGCUGCAGGAGAAUAACAGGCUGGAGAUACUAAAGAGGAGGUGGUGGGAGGGAGGCCAAUGUCCCAAAGAGGAGGACCACCGUGCCAAGGGUCUGGGCAUGGAGAACAUUGGGGGCAUCUUCGUUGUGCUGAUCUGUGGCCUCAUUAUCGCUGUGUUUGUGGCCAUUAUGGAGUUUGUGUGGUCGACACGCCGCUCGGCAGAGACUGAUGAGGUGUCUGUCUGUCAGGAGAUGAUCACAGAGUUCCGAAACGCCGUCUCCUGUAAAAAGAGCUCUCGUAUGCGCCGCAGACGGCCCCUGAGCAGCUCAGCAGCCUUGCGUCACCCUACCCGCAUCGCUCUGGGGGCCCCUCGGCCCCUGCGCCUGGUCCGGGAGAUGCGGCUCAGCAACGGCAAGCUGUACAGCGGAGCUGGCCCCCUGACAGGUGGAGCUGGAGGGGGAGCCGGAGGGACGGGGCAGCCAGAUCUGGGCCCUGGGCCCCAAAGGAUCCUAGACGAUCCGCUUGGAGCCAACACCACCCCACCUCCACCUGCCCCCACCCCUGUGAUGCUGCCUACGCGCAGCUGCACCCACGUGAGGAUCUGCCAGGAGUGCCGAAGGAUCCAGAGCCUGAGAUCAGGUAGCAGUAUAGGAUCAGCGUCAACAAGAAUACCCCCUUCAUCCGCCCCCCUGCCCCGGAUACCUCCACCCCCACCCCCAUCCUCGUCCAAUACAGACAGUGAGGGUGGAGGCGUGCCCAGCCCAAGGCGACUACAUCACAGCCCCCCAGCUCAUACCCCUCGACCCAUUCCACCUCCGCAGAGCAGCAACACCUCAGACCUUCUUGGGGACCAGGACUGAGGAAUGAAGCGGGUGAGGUAGAGGGGUGAGAUACAUGGGUGAGGGACAUUUGUGCUGCUUAGAAAAAAACACUGUUUCCACUGAUCAGAUUCAUCCAAGAACUAAAAUGUUUGAGAUGAGGGAACACAGGAGUAAAAAAAAAAUCAAAAUAAAGAAAAAGGAGUUGAACUCAUGACAAGCCCAGCCGACACGGAGAGAGAAGGAGAAGAAACAUGGAGGACCAAGACUUCAGGUGGUCAUCGGUUAAGCGUCUGUAUUUGGCUAAGAAGAACAGUUCAGUUUGGAUAAAAGAAAGAGGAGAUGCACAUGACCACGCGUCAGUGCCCACUGGCCUCCUUUUGUCUCCUUACUCCCCUCUCACGUCACUUCUUAUUUGAGGGUGCUGGUUUUCUUUCACGGACACUUCACUGGAAGCUAACCAGCCCUUUACUGAAAUGAAGCCUUGCUGGAGGACAUACUGUAUCUGUAUGUGGUUUUAAAACAGCAACUGACUUCCAGAGAAUUUAUUCCUGAUGUUUUUUUUCUUCUGUUGUCUUUUUGUUACCAUUGGUCUAAGUGGGAAUUUCAGAGUUAAAUAACAGACUACGUGUGACAAUAUGGUGGAUUAUAACAUACCAAGACACUUGACAACAGCUAAUUGUGUUCGAGAGUUUUGUGCCCCUCCCUGUGCCCCAUAGCUGCUUUUUGGAUGGGAUCGGGGAAGCUGGAUGAAACGACUUCAAGGCAACGUAAUGCAAACAGUAGCAGAGAAAACUGUUGGUCUGCCUUUCUUUACACUGUGUGUGCGUGUGUGUAAAAUUUGUGCUUCCUGUAAGUCUGUCUGUAACUGCUCAAAACGAGGAGAACCGUGUACCCAGCAACAGCUCCUUUCUACCAAUGUUAGAUAUUCAGACAGACACAAAAAGGGAGAGAGAGGGAGCGAAUGAGCGAGCGAGCAAGAGGCUUUGAAAUGUGAAAUUAAUGUCCCUCGUUAUCCUGGGUAACGCUUGCCAAGCCCUUACUUCUUUUUCACCUCUGUUCACACCAUGUAGACAAGAUAGAGAGACUGGGCGAGCCAGAGACAGAGAGGCAAGAUAGAGACGAGCAGGAAAAGAGGAGGUGGAAAGAGCCAGAGAGUUAAAAAAGGACACUACUGAAUUUGAAUAAGAAUUCCCUCACUGAACUACUUCCAUUAUUAGAUCUGUCCUGAUCUGUUAAUUCUGGGCAUCUUUUAAGGGGCUUGUUAAUGCGCCAGCAGACUAUAACUGCGGCUUCCUCCCAUCUCUCUGUUCGACAGGCUAUCUUGGCCGUCCACAGCAGCAGCUCCUGCCAGUAUGAUAGACUCAACACAGCCUUGUCAAUACCGUCUCAAGCUUUUGAUCACCUAAUUACUCCCCUCAGUAGCUGGGGACCUAUUCAGGAGGGGGUCGAAUGCAGGGAAACGCGCUGAUAAAUAGAUGUAGAAGAAAUGUUUUUUCUCUCUGGCUGGGAAGCGAAUCUGUUUUAAUUAUGUUGUUAAUGUUAUAGCCUUACAGUUUUGUGAAACUCCAAUGAAAACAGAGUCUAGUGUAUAAGCAAAGUGUGCCUAAAGGGAGAAAUACUGGUGGGUUUGCAUGUUUUUGCCCUUCUGCUUAGUUUUUGCUCAGCAAACAAGAACUUUUUAGACCAGCUUCAACCACCAAACAACAAAUCAAGACAUACAACAGUUAUCAGUCUGGAUUUUUUAAUUGUCAACAAAUUGCAGUUCAGCUAGGGGACAUGUUCCUUUGUAUCGACCCUUUUAUCGUGUUAAAUACUGACUGCAAACACCAGUGCCUGAAAAUAGUCCCCCAGUAAAUAUAGCUUUUACUAUUCUUUCUCCAACAUCUGCUAAAAACUGCAGUUCCCAGCUGUGUUGCCUUUUUAAAAUGGGACUGCACUCAGUGUUUCAGCGGGAAUAUAGACAUUGUUUACUAAUCCUCCAUCUUCGUCUGUUUGUGGGCACUACCGUCGUCGUAUUCACUCAGAUGCAGUGUAGUGCUCGCCCUGUUGCGGUCUAAGUAAAAACAAAAAAUCAGAUCAGCUUUAUGUCAGCAGUAAAUCCAAUUAUUUACAUGAAUGCAGAGAGGCAGCAGGCAUGUUGUUCUCCUUAGAUCAAAUACAGGCGUAAUUAAUUUUACACGCUGCCACGGUAUAGCGUAUGUAUACCUCUGCCGACCAGUUCAUGUUAUGUUUGCAUGAUUAAUGCAGACAUAUUACUCAGAAUGUUAAUGUUCCAUUAUUACCAUGUGCUGCAUUUGCAUUUUCUACAGGUCACUGACUCGAUGUGCAUUGAACCUGUUGCCCAGUCAGUUCCCAAAUUAAUCCCUGCUGAAUGAUUCACUACUUAGUGGACUGGGGGUGUUCGAUACACCCACUUAGUUGUGGUUGGUGUACUUACAGUGACAGUUGUAAUAAAGUCUUUCUGGAACACCGACAUUCAAGAUGUAAGAGUUAGCAAAUGCAACGGUUAUAGUAUAAGACAGCGUCUGUGUUUUGUUAUUGGGUUUCUUCACAGAUUGAUUUCCAGACAGAGUUUAUGAAUGUAAUGCUUUAGAAGCUGAUUCUUAAUUAUUGGAAAACACAGUGUCCCCGCUCCCUGCAAGCAUCAGUAUCUUUCUUCUUUGUCUCCCUCUUGCCCGUAGUUUGGAAUUGCCGUUUUCCAACGUAAAGAUGUGUCCCCUAUUAUCUUCCAAAUCCCAACUGCAGCAUCCCAUAACCAGCAGUAAUGCUAAGUGUGUAAGAUAAUGUGCAAAGCCACCAGUUCACCCUUUACAAAUCCCUCAGAAAAAUGAAGGCAUUGUUGUCUAGACUAACACUGCAUUGCUAUAUAAUGUUAUGCAUUUUGCGGGGAAGCAGAUUUGUUGACACUGUUGUGCUCCAGAUAACGAAUGAUAACAUUGUUUGCACACAUUAUGCCGUUUCUCUGAAUGAUUGCUGUCAGCAGAAGCAGGCUUGAUUUGAUGCCUCUCUCUCUCUCUCUCUCUCUCUCUGUUUACUUCUGCCUUUGUGUCCAGAAUGCUGACAGGAGCGAACCUUUUCCACAAAUCUUUACAGCACACACAAACAAAAACACACUCAUCCGCAACGCCUUCGUCUCUGAUUCCUUUGUUGUCUAAAGGCUGUAAACCCACCGGUUGUUUGUUGUUUUCAAAGUUGUCUUCGGAGUUUCUUUAAUGAUUUCCAUGGUUCACAUGAGCUCCGGAAACCUGAUGUGUGACAGUACCACACAGCCAUCAAGUGGCCACAAACAGCUUUAAACCAUCAGCUGAAAGCAUUUACAAGCUGCAGUGCAUUACCGUGGAGAAGCGAGAGGAAGGUACAAGCCCUAAAAAAAUAAAUGUUAAAAAAAAAAGCCAAAAUAUUGCUAGUAUUAAUCUAAAUGGGAAGGGAGGGUCACAAAACAGAUCCAACGGGAUGUCUGAACAUUCACUCCACGAAACAAACAUUUGUUUACUUUUAUGUUGUUUUCUUUGGUAUUUUUUCAUAUUUCUAUACUAGUGCUAAAUGGAUUAUUAAAACUGAUGACUAUUAUGAUGAAAUUGUUAUUAUUACUAUUGAAGAUGAGAGGCUCUGUGGUGUGGGUGAAGGGUGGAGGAUGGGAGGUGUUGGGAUGAAGGUGAAAUGAUGUUCUUCAGAGACCGCCCUGUUGUUCAAACCUAUAGACACACAGACUUGUUUUGGAAUAAAAAUAUUCAAACAGUCA